CAACGCCGAUUAAAUUUCCCCUUGUCCUCCUCGUCUUCUUUUCCUCUUUUUCGGCGCCUUCCCUUCCCCUUCCCCGAACGCAGACACAUAUGCUCGACCUCGCCGGCUGGCUGCUGGUUGCUGGCUGCCUGGAGUAGGAAGCCCACCGGGCUAAGCAAACCCAAGAGCCCGAUCGGAUCGAUGGCGCCAGCGCCCCGCGCUUCCAUCUUCUUCUCGGUGCUCCUCGUCCUUCUCUUCGCGCUGUUGGUGGAGCGCGCGGCCGCCACCGGCGUCUUCCAGGUGCGCCGCAAGUUCCCGCGCCACGGAGGCGGCGGGGAUGUGGCGGAGCACCUCGCGGCGCUGCGGAGGCACGACGUCGGCCGCCAUGGCCGGCUCCUUGGCGCCGUCGACUUGCCCCUCGGCGGCGUCGGGCUCCCCACCGCGACCGGCCUGUACUACACGCAGAUUGAGAUCGGCUCGCCGUCCAAGGGCUACUACGUGCAGGUGGACACCGGCAGCGAUAUCCUCUGGGUCAACUGCAUCCGCUGCGACGGCUGCCCCACCACGAGCGGCCUCGGGAUAGAACUGACGCAGUACGACCCUGCCGGGAGCGGGACCACGGUGGGGUGCGACCAGGAGUUCUGCGUCGCCAACAGCCCCAACGGCUUGCCCCCCGCGUGCCCCUCGACGUCGUCGCCGUGCCAGUUCAGGAUCGCCUACGGAGAUGGGAGCUCAACCACCGGCUUCUACGUCUCAGAUUCCGUGCAGUACAACCAGGUGUCCGGCAACGGCCAGACCACCCCGUCCAACGCCAGCAUCACGUUUGGGUGUGGUGCUCAGCUUGGUGGGGAUUUGGGAUCCUCGAGCCAGGCCCUUGAUGGGAUUCUUGGGUUCGGCCAGGCGGAUUCGUCGAUGCUGUCGCAGCUGGCUGCUGCUCGUAAAGUGAGAAAGAUAUUUGCUCACUGCUUGGACACUGUCCAUGGUGGUGGCAUCUUCGCUAUUGGGAAUGUGGUACAGCCCAAAGUGAAGACGACGCCCUUGGUGCAAAACGUGACACACUACAAUGUCAAUCUGCAAGGAAUUUCUGUUGGUGGUGCUACACUUCAGCUUCCAUCGAGUACUUUUGAUUCUGGUGACAGUAAAGGCACUAUCAUUGACAGCGGGACAACACUGGCAUAUCUUCCGAGGGAAGUUUAUAGGACUUUGUUGACUGCGGUAUUUGAUAAGUAUCAAGAUCUGGCCUUACAUAAUUAUCAAGACUUCGUCUGUUUCCAGUUUUCUGGAAGUAUAGAUGAUGGAUUUCCCGUAGUCACCUUUAGUUUUGAGGGAGAAAUUACACUGAAUGUUUACCCACAUGAUUACCUUUUCCAGAAUGAGAAUGAUUUAUACUGUAUGGGAUUCCUGGAUGGUGGAGUGCAGACCAAAGAUGGGAAAGAUAUGGUUCUCUUAGGAGACCUGGUCCUCUCAAAUAAACUAGUAGUCUAUGACUUGGAAAAACAAGUUAUUGGAUGGGCAGACUACAACUGCUCCUCGAGCAUUAAAAUUCAGGAUGACAAGACUGGCUCAGUGUACACUGUCGACGCACAAAAUAUCUCUGCUGGGUGGAGAUUUCAAUGGCACAAGUCCUUGAUUCUGUUGUUAGUAACAGCAACCUGGAGCUGUUUGGUGUUGUAGCCUAAUCCUGGAAUCUUAGGACUAAAACAUGGAAAAAUGUAUCUGUAACAAAAAUAGCUGAGUUCAGAAGUUCAACAAAGAGUGCAAAAUAUUAUACAUGAAAGGAUCAAGAUGCUCAAGAGGGAGGUAAAUUGGGCUUUUCUAAAAAUUUAAGCAACCUAUAAAUCUCAAUUCAACCCUUGUGUCUAAUUGUGUUCUAGAGAGCCAUCGCAUAAAAGUUUUGCAACCUAGUUUCAAUUCUAUUCUAGCAUGGCAAUUCUAGGAAUGUAAAGAGCUGAAAUUAAAUGCUAGAAUGUAAAGGAUGAAGAGAGUGCUGGAUGCACAUUU